CUCCGUGCCGGAGUCCAGACAGUUGGAGAUAGUCGGAGGAUCGUCGGUGGGUUGUUGGACUUUUCUCUAAUGGCUUCUCCUGACUCCGACUCCAAAGCUCUCUUCUCUCUGGACUCGUACCAUGUCUCCGAGGAGCUGGGCUUCAUCCUCAAGGAUCCCCUGGAGGAGCUUCCACCUUACUACCAACCAUGGAUGGAUAUUGCCCGACGGGUCCCAGAGCUCGUGGACUCUCACGAGUUGCGCUUCCAUGUCAAUGAAAUGCCGCUGCUGAGCUGCCAGUUUCUGCAAAAGCACAGGGAGCUACGGCUGGCCCACCUGGCCCUCAGCGUGCUGACCAUGGGCUACGCCUGGCAGGAGGGGGAGAGCAACACAGUCCAGAUGCUGCCACAUAACCUGGCAGUCCCGUUCUGGGAGGUGUCACAGCGCUUAGGACUUCCCCCAAUUCUCACCCAUGCAGAUGCAGUACUAGCUAACUGGAAGAAGAAGGAUCCCCAGGGGCCUUUUGACAUGGAGAACCUGGAGCUGCUGUUCAGGCUUCCGGGUGGAGACAGUGUGAAAGGUUUCUUCAUGGUGACCCUGUUGGUGGAGCUGGCAGCAGUUCCUGCUCUGAGGAACAUUCCCGUUGUGAUUAACGGUGUCAGGUGUGGAGACGCCGAGGCUGCGGCCUCAGCCCUGGACGCCGUCUGCCAGGCUCUGCAGGACAUGACCGACGCCCUCAAACUGAUGCAGGUGUACGUGGAGCCUUCGGUCUUCUACGGCAUCAUGAGGAUCUACCUGUCUGGGUGGAAAGACAACCCCUGCAUGCCGAAGGGUCUGGUGUAUGAGGGGGUGCGGGCCGAGCCGAUGGAGUUUUCGGGGGGCAGCGCUGCACAGAGCAGCCUGCUGCACUGCUUCGAUGAACUCCUGGGAGUCGAACACCAAGCGACAAGUGGUGCCUUCCUGACCCGCAUGAGGGACUACAUGCCGCCCGCCCACCGGCAGCUGAUCCAGGACAUCUCGUCGCAGCCCCCCCUGAAGACCUUCGUCCAGCAGCAGGCGGGCGAGCGGCUGCACCAGGCCUUCCAGCGCUGCGUCACCAAACUGUUGGCCCUGCGCAGCUACCACAUCAACGUCGUCAGCCGCUUCAUCAGCGUCCCCGCUGCCCGCGCACGACAACUUCGACACCAGAGGCGGGAGUUAGAGGCGGAGAUGGUCAGCAGAGCACCCGCGGCGCUGGAGGAGAGGGGCACCGGCGGGUCUGGCAUCAUGACCUUCCUUAAGACUGUGAGGGACCAAACAAAAGACGCUCUGCUGCCCGAGAUGAGCAAAGACACGGAGCCACACAGCUGAUGUGAGCCGUCAUCACACAUCAGGAUACACACACGGCAGAGGGUCGACUACUGUACAGAUAGAUAACUCUUGUUAUGAUUUGAUACUACAAAUACAAUUGAAUUGAAUUAAAUUGUACAUCCCAUAAAAAUGGCAGUAAAUCAACUCUGAUUACUUUUUUAAUACUUUGUGUCAAUUCAUAUAGUUAGCCCAGGUCUUAUUUAAAGGUCCCAUGGCAUGGAAAUGUCCCUUCAUGUGGUUUUUUGUAACAACAAUGUGAGUCCCC